AACUAGAUCUAGUUGUACACGAUGGAGAAUUCGAAACCCAUGAAGGAUCAGAAUGCGGCUGCUACAUGUCAGUACUUCAGUAAAUACUGCGAAAUGUAUAUCAACAAUGUAUCUGUUCCUACUGGAGAAAAAGUAAAGUCCUUUCACAAGGCCUUCCCUCAACUUCUCGUUUGCAUGUUUGGUGCACCUUCCAAAAGGGGUUGGAUACAAACACAAAUGACACCCAUUCAAAAUAAGGCAAUAAGAGACUUACUUUCUGUCAAAGGUCAAUUCUUUCAGGCCUUGAUCAAAUUAAGUGCCUACCCCGAAUACUCAUUUGACAUCAUCACGGACGCACUUCCUGCCGAUGUAAAGAAAGUGCUUUCUUUAGGUUCCGUUCAUUUAUUACCUAAAGUCUACAGUAACAGUACAUACAUAGUUUCCUCCUCUAAUUCAAACGCUACAGACAUUCGAGUAGCUGCAACAAGACAAGCAACUUUACUUCCCUCUGUAAUGGGAGGUGACCGAAAAAUACGAUUCACCAUGUUGCAAUUUUAUUUAUACUAUUUCAUCAGUGCUCCUACAUGGCCUCCAUUACCUGCCUCAUCGCCUACCCCAACGACAACAACAACAGCAACAACGAACACGUUUAAUAGUCAGAUACCAAGAACACCGACUUCCGCAUAUAACGCACCUAAAACACCCACUUACGGAACAUCCACUUACGGAACAACUCGACCUACGACCUCCACAGCAACGGCACCCGGUCAAUAUCUAUCACCCGGUGUAACUCAAGCCAUCAAACUUGGUGUUUACAGCAGUCUCUUGGACGAAUAUCUGCAGCGCAUGAUCACUAUCCAACCCUCCGACACCUCUUUCCCACCCUUUAUUAAUUCAUUUCUCUUUGAUGCUUGUAUGGAACUCUGGAUUCGUACCACAUGGAUUGCCACAAACGGAAAAGUCAACAACGAUUUGAUGCACUACAUCACCGUCUUUGUUCAAUACAUCGUCAAACACGAUAUCAAGCAAUGCUUCAUGGAUGAGAAAUUAGUAUUGACACGGGUCUAUAAUGACAUGAAGACCGAACUCUUUAUGCUAAUCUCGCGAUUAGCUUUCAAUUGGAGUAAGCACGAUGAUUAUUUGGAUGUGCUGGAUCUAUGGUCCAUUUGGGCAGCACCUUGGAAAUUAGGAGCUACUCCACGAAGUUCAGAUAAUACCGAGUAUAACCCUAUCACUUCUGGUUGGUCGAAAUUCAUAUUGGAUAAUUUACCGCUCUAUUUCUUUCAUGUCGACGUGUUUUUACAACGCACAUCGACAUUCACCUACAAGGAACCCGUACCUAGCACCACCGCGACCGCGACCACCACCACCACCACCAGUAGCGCAUACACCACACCCAUAACCACUUCCAAUUUCGUUGAGAAUUUCACCCUGAGUGGACAAUUACGUAUUUUCUGUCGCAUCAACAAUUUAUUGAAAGCAAAGGGACUUGUGGAAUUUUUAGGAUUGGCAGAGCAGGCUUUGAAACAAUUAAAAGCGAGCGCCUACUCAUUUACAUCCGAUCCAUUCAGGCAAUUGGCUUGGCAUGUUUAUAAUACCGAUACCAUGGACAAAGUCGUACGUGAAAAAAUAUCAGACACUUAUAAAUUCUUGGUGGCACUGGAUGGCAUAAACGGGAUCUGGAAUCCAAAAGGAUUAUACGCAAAAAAUAUGGCUCCUCGCUCAGACGCCCUUUUAAAAACGCUUAAUGGAAUGAAUACAGCUGCCAGUAUCUUUGAAGCAAAAGGAUGGGGAAAACAAACAGCUUCAAAAUUGAAUAAAUAUGCUGCUCAACUAAAAGAAACUAGCUCUAAUCUCCACAAAACGUUUAAGAUUUCAAACAGUUUUCACCAGAUCGUACCUGAAUCAUUAGAUCCAACUAGCAAAAAACCUGUAGUAAACACCCCACCGCCAGCGCCAACAGAAAAAUUGAUUGGAAAACCGGUAGAAAAGGAAGCGAUAAAGGAAGCUAUUAUUGGACCAAGGUGUGUUGGCAGUGGGGCUCUCUUAACACAGGAAGAGAUCAGAGCGGUUCGAGAAGGCAGAGCCAUUUGCUCAUACGAUAAUAUUCCUGCGGUUGGCAUUCGUGCCAAAACCUAUAUCCGCUCGUACGAAAUAGCUCCACUUGUGCGCUGGUCCAUCAAGACAGAUGCUAAAAUCAACGAACAUUAUAAUACAUACUUACCAAUUGAUAAACGACCCGAAUUUAUGCCAAAGAAGAUAUCGCUUAGAUUCAUUGCAAGGCAGGUCAACUUUGUCUAUCUGGUGGCUACACUCUUUUUAUUCUUGUAUCUUAUCUUCAAAAUCAUAGUGUAUAAAUACUUUUAAUUCUACAUCAUUGUCUAUAAAUUAAUGAUUUAUUUAUUAUUAUUAUUAUUCUAUACAUAAUGAUACAACCUUUUUUUU